AGUUGUCCGCAAUCCGGUUAUCGUUCAAGAGCUACGUAUAAUAUAGUUGGCGAUCGAAAUUAGACUCUUUAGAGAUUCAAGACAGGAGGAGAGGUGCUUACAGCUUAUGAAACAUAGAUAAUUAUUAAUUCGAUUUACAAUAAGUUAUAAUAUCAAUGAUGUUAUAAAUCGUGGUAUUAAUUAUAAUAUAUUGUUCAUUAAUAAUUUAAUCAAACGUAGCAUAGAAGGCUCGGAAGAAUAAGACUAUAAAUAAUAUAUGAUAUAUUUUAUGGCCGAUAAUAUGAAUAAAUUCAUGUACUUUGCAUAUGGUAGCAACAUGCUUGCAGACCGGAUUCAUAUUAAAAAUCCAACUGCUGUAAGAAUUGGAACCGGCAAACUGAAUGCGUUCCGUUUAGAUUUUAAAGGAUUUUCAAAUUUUUGGGGCGGAUGUCCAUCAACAGUUGUUCCAGACCCUGAGGAACAUGUUUGGGGUGUUUUGUGGCAACUGAAUACCAGCGAUUUGAGCAAUCUAGAUAAACAAGAAGGUGUUGAGAAAAAAAUCUAUGUACCAUUUGAGGCAAAUAUUGUGACACCAAACGGGGAUAAUGUAUUAAGUCGCUGUUACAUGCUAGUCAAUCAGCCUGCUAAACAAAUACCAUUGCCACUAGACAGAAGACCAUCAAAAGCAUAUCUAGAAACUAUAAUACUAGGGGCAAAUGAAAGUGGUUUACCAUUGGACUAUUUACAAUUUCUUAAUGAAAUUCUUGAUAAUGGCAAUGAUGGCCCAAAAAUGCCAUGGUCCAAGCGUGAACCACAAACUACCGAGUUGUAACUGACUUUUCGUCUUGUUUAAAAUAUGUUAUAAAUUAAGUUUUAAGUAUCUUAUAAAGAAAAAAUAUAAGUGUACAAAUCAAAAUCUAUAAUAUUCAAUACUGUAAAAAAAAAUAUGUAAGGAGGUAAGGGGACAUUGAUUAAAAUCAGUUUUUAUACAGACAAAAUGUUGGUGAUUUUAUACUUAAUACCUAUACUUUAAAUUUUGCAAUAUAAGAUACCUAUAAGAUUAGUCAGAUUAAGCCUAAGUAAUGUAUUUACGACUGAAUGUUCUCUUUUUAUUUACUUUGUUUUAGAGUUAUACAUUUAUAAUGCAUGACAAAUUAUGACAAAAAGAACAUUUAAGAUCAUGUAUAAUAUUUACUAGUUUGUCUUUAUCAUUUGUGUCUCAUUACAUAGAUAGAUACCAUUAUAAAUAUAAUAGUUAAUAAAUUCAGAGCAAGUAAUGCAUAAGCAGUUUGAUAUCAAA